AUGAACAUAAAAACAAAUACAGAUUUAACAACUUCUGAACCAAUUCCUCGUGGUGUUCCUGGUCAACCAGGUGUUCUUAUUCGUCCUGGUCAACCAUUUAUUCGUGAUGGCGAUGAUGAUCAAGCAGCUAUUCAUAUUGGUGCUGGUCAACCAUCUACCAGUGCUGGUCAAUCAUCUAUUCGUGGUGAUGGUGAUCAAGCGGCUAUUCGUGGUAGUGCUGGUCAAUCAUCUAUUCGUGGUGAUGGUGAUCAAGCAGCUAUUAUUGAAAAGGGUGUUUGUGGUACAAUUAUAACUGUAAAUCGAUUAAGACAUUACGCCUUCAUAAAACGAAAAAAUAAUAUGCAUUCACGAGAUAUUUUUGCUCGUGAAAUCAGCAUCAUAAAUGAACCCAUAAAUAAACGAAAACUUUUUUUACAUGAUACAUGUAAAUUUGAUUUAAUACGGACCCAACGUGGUUUAGAAGCAAUUAAUAUACAAAUCGUUGAACGAAAUGUAGAUACAAUAUCCAAGUUAUCUAAAAUCCCCAGAAAGAAAAGCGAAAAAGAAAACGAACAAGUUUCCUCAGAACUUUUUAAACAAACUAUCACCGAAUUAUUCCGGGAAGCUCUAAAUAAGAAAUAA